AAAGAAAUGGAAAUCAAUAACCAUAGACAUCUUUUGACCAAAACCUCAAAUCUCUUCAAUGGCUAACCCCUUUGAUCUGAAAAAACACGACCAAAUUAACAAUGAAGAAACAUCACAAAUAGCAAUAGUAAUUGUGCCAUAUUUAGAACAAGGUCAUCUCAAUCCCCUUCUUAACCUCUCUCGUCUACUCUCAUCUUACAACUUUCCUGUAUUUUUCCUAGGCACUAACACUAGCAACAGACAAGCAAAAUUCAGACUAUGUGGUUGGGACAUUCUUGAUUUUCCGACCAUGCAUUUUCAUGACCUCGUACCUCAAUCUCCUGGUUCUUGUUCCAAUGUUCCUACUUCAUUAAUGGAGAAAAUAGGCUCAUUUUUCACAUCCAUUUUGCUCCUUCGUAACCCCAUUCGUGAAUUCUUGCAAGAAAUUUCAAGCACAUAUAGAAGGACAGUGGUUAUUAAUGACUUAGGUAUGUCAUGGGUUGUUCAAGAUGCAAUUUCAAUUCCUAAUGUAGAAUGUUACUGUUUCCACACUAUUUCUGCUUUCACCGCUCUGUCAUUCGCCUGUGAAACUACGAAAAAACCACUUCCAUCUCCGGUAGCUGAAAUAAUUGCAGAGCUUCCUCCAAGGGAAAACACAUUUGAUUCAGAAACAAUAGAAUACUUAAAGCUGCAACGCGAGUCAAGAGACAUUUACUCAGUUGGUCUCCACAAUUCAUGCAAAGAAAUCGAAGGCGUUUUCAUUGAUUUGCUUGAAGAACAACGCAAAAACAAGCAAUGGGCAAUUGGUCCAUUAAAUCCAGUGGAAAUUGGAAGUUUCAGGAAAGAAAGCCAUGCAUGUUUUGCAUGGCUUGAUAAACAAGAACUGAAUUCGGUGAUUUAUGUUUCGUUUGGAUCUACGACUACACUAUCGAACGAACAAAUUAACGAGCUGGCACUUGGAUUAGAACAAAGCGGGCAAAAAUUCAUUUGGGUUCUUCGACAAGCUGAUAAAAAAGGUGGGGAUAAUGUCGAAAGAGGAAUUAACUGCGCUUUGCCAGAAGGGUAUGAGCAGAGAAUUAAAGAAAAGGGGCUUGGUUUUAUAGAAAAAAAUUGGGCCCCACAAUUGGAAAUUUUGGGACACGUGUCAGUUGGUGGAUUCAUGAGUCAUUGCGGGUGGAAUUCUUGUAUAGAGAGCAUUUCAAUGGGAGUGCCAAUAGCUGCUUGGCCUAUUCAUUCGGAUCAACCGAGGAAUACUGUGCUGAUAACGAAGGUUUUGAAGAUUGGGAACAUUGUGAGAGAUUGGGAAAAUCGAGAUGAAUUGGUGAGUGCUGUGAGAAUUGAAAACGCGGUGAGGAAGUUGAUAGGUUCUACAGAAGGGGAGGAGAUGCGGCAGAGAGUGGUGGAGGUGAGUGACGCUGUGAAGAAGUCGGUGAUGAAUGGGUCGAGUUGCAAGGAGAUGGAUUCUUUUGUUGCUUAUAUUACCGGAUAAACUUGCUUGAACUUGGAAAAAUCCUAUGGAAGUGAAAGUGUGUUUUUUCAUAUUACUAGUAUUUACAAGGUUAAGAGUCUGUCAGACAGCCAUUAGACCAUCCCAGCUCCGAGUCGGAGUGAACGAUCCUCUAUAAGGCUCCAAGGCCCGAAGGCCUUGGGACUUUUAAUCACGCUCUGAUCUAAAGGUCAUGGUUCAUCGUCCAGAAUUAAUAAUUUCCGGUCUCCUUAGAACUCAAGGAUACAGUGGUACGAGCCUAUAGAACAUGUCUUGUUCAAGUAAGGUCGUAGAAUUUUCAAGGUUAAGUUGAUCUAUAAUAAUAUACUCCAUAAUCUUUCCUACUAAAGCAGGUAUUGUUAUCUUAAGAAUAGAGUGUUGAUCUAAUAUAGUCAGUUAAAUUGUAUUGAUAGUAUAAAAACAUGUUAU